AGAAAAGAAGAGGAUGUUUUGGGGAAUUAAGUUGGGAUUGGGUUGGCGGUUGGUCGAAAAAGCCCAUAUCUAGAAGGGCAGUUUCGGGCACAGAUUUGAUUUCAAGUCGGCGGAGUCUUCAUUUCGUCAUCAUAUUCAAAGUGGGAGUAGCCGAUUUUCUCCUGAGGAGGAACAAAACCAUACAAGUUCUUCAAUUUUUGCUUUCCAGAUUUUGGGAAACCUAAAUCUGUAGAUCAAACAACGAAGAACGAGACAAAACCGGCGAGAUAUGGCCCGGAGACCCGACGAUGACUAUGAUUAUCUCUUCAAAGUUGUGCUAAUCGGCGAUUCCGGCGUUGGAAAAUCCAACCUCCUUUCCCGAUUCACUCGGAAUGAGUUUUGUUUGGAGUCUAAGUCCACCAUUGGCGUUGAAUUCGCCACUCGUACUCUUCAGGUUGAGGGAAGAACUAUCAAAGCUCAGAUAUGGGACACAGCCGGUCAAGAGCGUUACAGAGCAAUAACCAGUGCCUACUAUAGGGGUGCACUUGGAGCUCUUCUAGUGUACGAUGUAACGAAACCAAUGACGUUCGAUAAUGUAAGCCGUUGGUUGAAGGAACUUAGGGACCAUGCCGAUUCCAACAUAGUCAUCAUGUUGAUCGGAAACAAGACUGAUCUGAAACACCUCCGAGCAGUGGCAACAGAGGACGCUCAAAGCUAUGCCGAGAAAGAAGGGCUAUCAUUCAUUGAAACUUCUGCUCUUGAAGCAACAAACGUCGAGAAGGCUUUCCAAACUAUUCUCUCGGAGAUAUAUCGGAUAAUCAGUAAAAAGUCCCUGAAUUCCGAGGAGCCUGCUGCUGCUAACAUCAAAGAAGGAAAAACCAUUGUGGUUGGCGAAUCGGAGGCCAAUACAAAGAAGGCUUGUUGUUCCUCUUCUUAAGUUCACAAAAUAUUUCAACAAUUUUUGUCUCUCUCUCUCUCUUUCUCUCUCUUAUUUGUCAUCUGCUUGUUCCUUUCUCUCUAGUUACCAACUCUCUUGCUGUUAUUUGUUUGCUUGGAUUAUGUUUAUGUAUAAUUUACAUAUAAUUUAUAUUUUUACUUAGAUUUAUCAUUUUUUUCCUCCUCAUUAUGUGUAGCCAAGGGAACAUUGAUAUCCCUUGUCAGACACUAAUCAGCGGUUCAUUUCAGGGGCUGUCUGUUUCUAUGGAA